AUGUUUUGUAAAGAAAUAGUUAACACUCCUCAGCACGCCUCUACGUCCAAAAUUAAGCCUACUACUACUACUACCACUACUACUACUACUACUACUACUACUACUACUACUACUACUACUACUACUACUACUACUACUACUACUACUACUACUACUACUACUACUACUACUACUACUACUACUACUACUACCACUACUACUACUACUACUACUACUACUACUACUACUACUACUACUACUACUACCACUACUACUACUACUACUACUACUACUACUACUACUACUACUACUACUACUACUACUACUACUCACACUACUACUGCUACUACUACUACUCACACUACUACUACUACUACAUUUGUUUAUCUGUUAUCUGUUCAUCACCUUCAUUUAUUUACUAUUCAUCACCUAUUAUCUGGAUCGGAAGCCUGUGUCAUCAGCUUUUCUAUCGCGGAAUUAGGUCUUUCCUUCCGCUCUAUAAUGAGUGCUUAUUUAUGUUGGCUUUCAGUCCUCCUUUGUGUACAUUCUGCAAAGUCACAAGAAUAUCAAACAACAGCAAAUUAUGGUAGACUUCAUAUAUCCGAUGCCUAUUUAUUCAAUCAAGAAUUACAAGGUGCAGGUGCAUGGGUUGCUUUAGAUCAAGAUGAUAAACAAUGGAUUCAAAUUGACUUGUUAAAGCGUAAAGUUGUACAGAGUGUUGCUACUCAAGGUAGACAAGGUGCUAGACAAUGGAUUCAAGACUAUUAUAUUUAUUAUACGGAUGCAGAUGAACCAAUUCAUUGGGCUGUGAUUAAAGAUGAUAUGGGACAACCAUUGCUAUUUGAUGCGAAUGUUGAUGAUAACAGUGUACAUUUCAAUAAUUUCUCCUAUCCAAUUGUUGCUCGUUUCAUUCGUUUAAAUCCUCAAAGAUGGCAUGAUUUAAUUUCACUAAGAAUGGAGUUAUUUGGCUGUGAUUAUCGUCCGUUUGUUGCUCAUUUGGACGGUAAAAGUUGGAUUGAUCUACGCUUAGAUCUUCCAGGACGUGCAACUCAAACUGUUAUAGACGAGAUAACCUUUAGAUUUCGUACCAAAGAAGUUAAUGGUCUCAUACUAUAUGGAGAUUCAAGUCAAGGGGAUUACUUUUGUGUUGAACUUUAUAGGGGAAGACUGCGUGUUAGUGUGAAUCUUGGUACAGUUCCACUCUCUGAUGAACCUACAGACAACAUCGUAGAUGCAGGCAGUCUCCUAGACGAUGAUCAAUGGCAUGAUGUACAAAUUAUUAGGGAACAGAAGAACUUAAAUAUAUCUGUUGAUAGAAUUAAGGUUUGGCGAAAUAUCUCAGCUAUAUUUCUACAUAUGAACAUGAAUCGGAAUCUUUCAGUUGGAGGUUUACCAGACUUUUCAAAUCGUCGUGGUUUAAGCGUGAGUCAAAAUUUUAUUGGCUGCCUUGAAGAGUUCAUUUUUAAUGGUGUACAUAUCAUACGGGAUGCACAAAGAUCAUUGAUGAAAAUUAGUCAGUCACCAAUUAUUGACAAGUUGAAUAUACCUUGGGAAGAAGCACUUGGCUAUCCAAAACGUAAUUCUUUUCUAUGGUGGGGUCCACCUGUUACUGAAGAAAAACUUAACAUCAGUGGACUAGCUAUUGGAGGUUCAGGAGUAAUAGGAACUGAAUGUCCAGGAGGUGUUAUAGACAAUACUGUUAUAACAUUUCCUGAUGUACAACAGUAUGUUGUCUUCUUAAAAAUUGAACGUGAUGGAGGAACAAACGUUUUACAAUUUGAAUUUGGUUUUCGCAGUCUUAACAGAGGUGGAAUCUUAUUUUACCAUACUGUUGAUAAGGAUAAUAACUACAUAUCUUUUGGAAUGGAAGAUCAGACUGGACAUUUAACCUUGGAAAUUUUAUUACCUGGUGUAUAUAUAAUCAAGUAUACUGUACAAAAUAAAGAUCCUGCAGCCAGUAAUGGAACGUUUGCCGAUGGUUUAUGGCAUUCGGUUAAAUUUAGUAUGUCACAAAAUUUAGUGACACUUAUAAUUGAUAACAAUGUCUAUACCACUGUACAAAAUAUGACAUUACCGUUAUUUUUGAUAAAGUAUCGUAUAUCGGUGGUGGCCGACCACAACGUUACUCAUUUCAAGGUUGUCUACGUCAAAUACGCAUUAAUGGAAUAG